GAUCCACUCUUAACUCUCCUAUUCCCACUUAUCGAUUUACAUAUCAUGCACGUUGUUUUUUGAUCCUCGGCACUGUUGCACUGUUGUGAUGCGCGCACAUAUCCGAUACGUCUAAGCACCCGGCACUGAAACGAGCUCUUUUGUUCACCUCGCAACCUCCCCCCUCAUUGCAAGCUGACCAGAGUGAACCGCUCUCUUUCCCCAUAUGCGUCCUGUUCGAACGACUGGACGUAGGCAUGGCUGAUGUUUUACGUCUUCGCUUCGGGCGAUUCGCUUUCUCGAAUACAGGCGUCUUAUUCUGCACCUUUGCCAUACUUUACCUCUUCUCCCUUCGCUACUAUCAUAAUGUCAGCUAUCGAGACCCUACGUCCUAUUUCUUCGAUCCCAUCCGUGCCUACGAGCGACGAUAUUCGUCUUCCAGAAUUGCAGAGGCAGAAGAGUUUUUAAGCGACGCCGGUAAUCUGAGAAAACCAAUAAGGCCUGAACCUGAACAUUCACCCCCUGUGAUAUGUGCUGGAAUUGCAACUGUCCGUCGAAGGGGACAGCAAUACGUGGGAUUGACAGUGGCAUCUCUCUUGGACGGUCUCAGUGAGGAAGAGAGGAACAACAUUUUCCUGAUCCUUCUUAUUGGCAACACAGAGCCAUGGAAACAUCCAAUUUACUCAGAGAAGUGGGUUGAUACCUUGGCAGACCGCCUGCUGACGUAUCAAGAAGACGAUCCCGACUUUGAUCGCCUUAAAGAGUGGGAGGAAGGUGGAUGGUAUCGCAACAAGACGAUUUACGAUUAUACGCAUUUGAUGAAGACAUGCUACGAUACUGGCGCUGAAUACGUGGCGAUGAUCGAGGACGAUACAUUAGCGGUGAAGGGCUGGCUCCCGUCCGCCCUAAAGGCUCUCGAUAUCGUCAAGGAACGAACCACGAAUAAAAAGUGGGUAUACAUGCGGCUCUUCUAUGUCGAUGACCUUCUUGGUUGGAAUUCGGAAGAGUGGCCGACAUAUCUGGCCUGGUCGCUCAUCAUCUGGGCAUCGCUUACGGGGAUCAUGGUGGCUGGCAAAAGAAUUUUCAAAAACGCGUCGAAAUUUUUUUCAGCCAACGCAAUCUGGAUCAUCUCGUGCAUUUUUAUCCCUGCCGCUAUUGCGCUCCACUUCAUGGCGGGAAAACAGACAAUGUGGCCCAUAUCCCCUGGCGUCCAUGAGAUGAACAAAUACGGAUGCUGCUCGCAGGGCCUCGUGUUUCCUCGUUCCAUCAUACCCGACUUGCUUGAGCGUACGGACCUGACAACCGAUUGGCUAGUAGACAUGAUGGUGGAGAAGAUAGCUGAUCAUGAGGGCUGGACACGCUGGGCCGUGGUUCCCUCGUUGCUUCAGCAUAUUGGGGCAACCAGUUCCAAGGGAUAUGGAUUUGAUGACUCGGCAAAGACUUUGUGGAAUUUCAGGUUCGAAGAUUAUACCUACUAGUUCUUACAGGGCCGUUAAAGUGCUUGUUUACAGAAUAGUUAAUAAUCAAUCUACAUAAGCGAAGGAUAGCAG